CACUUGAACGCACCAGUCGACACUCUCCGAGCGGUCAGACGAGGAAACCACUGAAGGAAUCCAGAAGUUAACCGGAGCCAAGUUCACAUACCGUCAACAAGGAGGAGUACCGAGCUCGUCUUUUAACACAAGAAGAGUUAAUUGCCGCGGAAAAUCGAGCUUGGUGCCACGGGGGGAGCCUCCAAACAGGAAAGCAGCAACAUGGAAGACAUGACUGUGGAACAGAUCACCAUGAGGGCCAACCAAGUGACGGACGAGUCACUGGAAAGCACACGGAGGAUGCUGCGGAUGGCAGAGGAGAGCAAACAGACCGGCGUCAACACCAUGGUGAUGUUGGACCAGCAAGGAGAUCAGCUGAGGCGUGUGGAGGAAGGCAUGGACCAGAUCAACCAGGACAUGAAACAGGCUGAGAAAAACCUGACUGACCUCUCCAAGUGCUGCGGCCUCUGUGUAUGCCCCUGUGACAGGGUGACGUCUAUUGAGCAUGACUCACGAUACAAGCGUACCUGGGGUAUUAAAGGUGAAGGCGAAGUCGACGCCAAUGGCUCAAAAGUUGUCUCAAGGCAGCCCUCAGGUGUUCGCAAUGGCCAGGCUGGCCAGGUGAACGCCUCGGCGCCGUCAGGCCCGUACAUCAAGAGGAUAACCAACGAUGCACGAGAGGAUGAAAUGGAGGAGAAUCUGGAUGCAGUGGGCAGCAUCAUUGGCAACCUGAAAACUAUGGCUCAGGACAUGGGCAACGAGAUAGACAAGCAGAACAAACAUAUCGACCACAUCACUGAGAAGGCGGAAAUGAACAGACAUCGUAUUGAUGAAGCAAACCAGAGAGCCAACAAGCUCAUCAACUAGACAAGGAAUCCUCUUUCUGUCACUUACAUCCAUAAACCUUGAGCCUCUGUCACCACACUCAUACACACAAUGCAUGUAUUGUGCACACAUGCACAAACACACAAUCUUUGACAUAAAAAAUGAAAUUCGGCCAGAAAGAAUAUCUCUGCCAGCUGCGCGCUGGCCCCAUACUGCACUCUGAUGUGUAUAUAACAAACAUUUCUACAUUUAAUAAAUUGGACACCACCAAUAUUACUCUUUGACACGUUUUCAUAGUCAUGCUGGACUUUGAGAAGCAGGAGGGCAUCAGACACUGCACCAAAGAUGAAGUGACUGACUGCCUAUCGCUGCUGUUCGAUACCAAAUAUGCACCAGGCCUGUUGUAUCAUAUCAUAUUAUAUUCACAGGAAGGGAAGUCAGGUCAGUUGCUUUUCUUUCUUUAUUUUUGCUCUGUUUGCCUUUCUCUUAAAGUCAGGGACUAUCAAGUGUCUCACUGUCUGUGUGCAACUGGUUUGUAUGAAUGACGUCACAGGUGCUCAUUGGCUGUCUUUUGGUGAUAUUCAGCACGGCAUUAAUUAAUGUGUCACCCUUCUGUUGGUCAUUUCUUGAUACUGUUACAUCUAGUUUAAUCAUAAACAUCAACUUUGAAACAAAUUCAUCUUCCUCAAAUUCCUACUGGUUCACUGUGUAAUUAAGUUUAUUAUAUCGUGUAUUGUUUUGAGAUAAAAUUGCUAUUUAAUAAUUCUUUAUCAAGCAGAAAUGACUUGCGAAAAAAGUUUUGUAUUACUUUGUUCUCAUCUCAUUUAUGCCAUUUCAGAUGAAAAAGCUAUUUAAAAAAAUAUUAAAGAUGCUUUGGAGUGAGUCAUGGUGAAUUCUGUCAUGCUGUAAUUCAAAGCACCUACCCCUGAGUCAGAGCAACUUAAUGUUUUAAACUUCCUGGCUGAUGACAAGUCAAGGUUGUAACUAUUUGCAAGCAAAUCGUGAGGCGCUGAGCUGGUGUAAGAAUUUAAUAUAUACUAGUAAUCACUUGUCCUUCCAAAUGUGAAGGAGAGUCAGUAGGUAUCGUGAGGAAUGGGCAUCAUUAACUUCUCCAAAGCAGCUAGUUUAUUUUAUAAUAACACUGCAUAUGUGAAGCAUAACGGUGGUUGAAUAACUUUAGAUUGCCAUCAGUAGAUUAACUGCUGUACUUCAUAUUUAGUGUUUCUGGCUGGUUUUCACUUUUGCCACAGUGUUGAUGUAAAUACUGAAACAUAUUGUAGCUGUGUAUUAAUUGCCUGUAGUCAUUCUGUUAAUCUAAUUUCAUUCUUCUUUCUUCGUCACCUCCUGGUUAAUAGAGAUUUAUAGCACCCGAGAGGAGAUUUAACAGCCUAUGCAGGGUUCCUACACAACUGUGGUAAUGUGCGGAAAAUUAAUUUCCUCAAGUCUCAUAAUUGCACAGUCUGUAAAAGUAUGAAAACAAAUGUUCAGUUGGGAAACACACGGCUGUACAUUGUUUAAUCCGCUAUCAUUUCUUAUAUUGGCUCACUGGGCCAUGUUCAUUACGGCAUGUGCAGCAGUUUUGUCAUAAUGCAAACGACCUGGAAUGAUAAAAAUGAAAGAAAUUAGGGACCGUUCACUACUUAUGAGAGAAGAGGGGUUGCUGCAAAGAAUUUUGUAAGCAUUGUGAAGGGUGUUAUGUCUUUUUUUAAAUUUUGCUAAGGGGAUAGACACAGCUUUGAAUGGGUGUAUUUUGCAUUUAUUUUAAAUACUCUCAGAGCCCUAAAACCUGCAAAUGGGUUUGAAAUAAAGGCUGUAUACAGAGAUGGACAACAUGUCCCUACUUAGCUCUCUUGUGCAAAUUUUGCAAAUCAUUUAGAGCUAGAGUCUGAGCAGUAACAACCUCUGCUGUGGUGGAGUACCCACCCCAUACAUCUCUCUGACCAAUCAUGAAAUAGCGCCAUUGAUUGUGAGCACACAGACUGGCGCCCAUAGCCAGCAGUCAUAAUGCCAAAUCCCCUUUUUACAGCAAAUUUUACAGCGUCAAAUAAAAAUCAAACCAAACUUUGCAGAAAAACGAUCAUUUCAAGAUCAUCUGGAUGGGAUCUAUCAUGUCGUCCAUAUUUAUAUACAGUCUGUGCUAUGAAAGGCGUGUUUUCUUAAAAACUCCAAAAUUAGCCAAAAACUGUGGAGUAUGGUUAUAUAUGAUGGAGGGAGGGUCAUGCAUGUAUCAAUAACUCAGGGAGUCGUAAGGAAAAUUACUUGUAGCUCUGGGGAGGACUAUGAGAAAGAAAAUGAAGUAACAUCCCAGCCACCCCCCUCUUUCAUAAAUAAAGUACAGUCCCUUAGUCUGACAAAAAAUACAUAGAAAUGAGAGAAUGUGCAGGAACCCUAUCACUGCCUUAAAGAUGAUCCAUGGUUGUGUUGUAACAGCCAUUGUAUCACAAACGGCUCCUCUUGAGUCUGUUCUGUAAAUAGCCAGUUUUCACAGCAGCAGAAUCAUAAUAUCUGACGAUGGAAAGCAUAAUUUGUUUUGUCGAAGCUGUAGCCAGGCUGAGAAAUUACUGCUGGCAGCAAGAUGCAGAAGUAUACAUGUAAAUGAAUGAUGUUUUAAGGAGUAAACGCAGAAGCGGGCUGAGUCCUGGCGGGCUUUGUUUAGGCCUCGCUGUGCAGAAUUGGCUAAUGAUAAAGUAGUACAGUACGCUGAAAAUAUCUCGUGUGCAUCUUCUGGCUUAUUUGUUUUGAAGAAAAGUGAUAAUUUGUAUGCUCUGCUGCAGGCGUACACCUAUUGAGUUUGUAAAGAUUGAAAUGAACUGUUAUUCAGGGCUUUGUGUUGCUAUAAGUGAUCAUCCUGGGCCUGUUACUUGUCAGUUGAGAUCUAAUUAGUGUAGCCUGAGGCUGACUCGCUGUCUGGAGGCUGUUUAUUCAUUGUUUUACCAACAGCCACUGGAAUGUAAUUCUAGCGGUUUUGUCGAUUUUUGAAUAUGUUCAUAAGCAGCUCAUCCUAUCUGAAAUUAGCUCGGUUAACAGAUUACUGUUCAACAGAGUUAGAAAAAAAGCCUUUUGUUUCACACUUGCCUCUGUUAAAUUGUUUGUAUUCAAUAAAUCUAUUCUGAAAUUUA